CUUCCGGGGCAGGCGUAUGACAGUUCCAUGGCCGCCGAAUACUUGUCUGAGCAUCUAAAUGCUCUUGACCCCAAUCAGAUUAAGCUGAUACUUUGGACAUAUCACCACAGCAACCACUUUUCCGUCUACUGCAUCAACCGAGUCAACACCCGGAUUGAUAUUCUAGACUCUAUUGACUGGAGCAAAAAUGGUGGCUCGUUUGAAGAAAGAAAUAACCCCUGGGGUUACAGAUCGAUUAAACGCCUGAGUGAUGCUUUUCAAACAGUGACCAAUAAACAGUUCGAAGAUUUCUCUGAAUGGCCAAUUUGGAGCAAGGAAGUGCCCCGACAACGUACAGGAGGCAACUCAUGUGCAUCGUUCGCAAUUAGGUUUUUGCGCCACUACGACGGCGAAGACAGUCAGCUUCGUUGCAGCAUUGAACCGUCAAAGGAGAAUCAUUACAGGGCCGAAGAUCUCUCGUACAUCCUCUUCCAUGAUUUGAACGAGGUCAGGCCUUUGCCUGAUCCUCUGGAGAAUUUCAGGCCCACGAUCACGCAGCAGUGAAAAAAAUUUUUUGAAGCUCUGGUUGUGCAUCCUCGUCCUUCAAACUAAGCUCCACACCUCUGUAUACAAACUUGUUUUGUCAGCUGCCACAGUGCCACUUGCAAUUUAGCCUGAUGUUACAUGAUGCUUAUCAGUUCAUAUUAUGGUUUUUUUGUCAAUUUG